AAUCAAUUUCAAACAAUGGACGAAUUAGACCUGCGGGGCGAAAUAAUCCGCUUGAAGAAACGCAUCAUAUCCUACAAAGACGAAAAUCAAAUGCUCAAAGUCAAAGUUAGGAAACUGACCACCCAACUAGCGAGAAAGGACAGGGAAAUCGAGAUCCUAAUGAACCCCAAACAAAUCUCUAAUUUCAGGAAAGUGUUCAGCGAAAGGAGCGUCGGCAUGUUGAGUAGCCUGAGGGAGAAAAACGACUGCUUACAAAAAGAAUUGAACGACAAAAACGCCCUAAUUAAAAAGCUGCAGGAGAACCUCAGAAUCGCCAAGUGUUACGCCAUUCCGGAAGUCUACUACCGCAAAAAUAAAGCAAAAACUAAAGUCAGAAGCGACAAGAUGAAGCUGAUUUUAAACAUAAAGGACGACGAUCAGUAUUCAAAAGCUCAAUCUACUUGUGACACUCCUGAGGACCCCCAGACACUUAUUGAAAUGUUGGAGACCGCCAGGAACUCAGCUAAAGAUGAUUACAUGAGCAGAAUAAAAAACUGUAGCCCAGAAAGUGACUUGGAAAGAACAGAACUGUUUUAUUGCAAAGACGUUAAGCAUGAAGAGAUCAGAUAUCUGCAGGACCACUUUUUUGAACUAUUAACUGAAGUGGACCUUCUGAAGCAAACAAUUGCCCGACUACAAAGCGAAAAUAAUCAAACUCAGCACGUCUUAGAAAGAAGGGAGGAUAAUAUAGAAAAAUUAACAAGUGCUAUUGAACACCUAAAACUGGAGAAAAAAAAGGUGCCUCCACGUAGUAAUUCGUCCAAAGCUUCCAAAAGGGAACGGCAACAGGUCUUAAAGAGGAUCUACAGUGCUGGUUCAGUCAAACAAACCAAGAAAAACGAAACCAAAGUAACGGCUAAAAGUCUUCCCAGAUCUUAUACAUCAGGAAAGGAAAGUAAAGAAAACAAAACUGUUGAUGAAGAUGAAGUUGAAGGAACGGACAACGAAGUUGAAACUUAUUAAACAGUUUUUUUAACAUUUUUACUAUAGUUAUAUUUAUUUUCUAAAUACAAUUUUAGUCAAUUGAAA